ACAAAUUAAUACUUCAUGUAGCGCCGUUUUCCGAAUACAUUAGUGACGUACUGUCUGCAGCUGAGGCAGAUAUUCUGAAGUUUCAAAAUGGCAGGCGGACGAAUUGGAGCUGCGAUGUCUUCAGGGCCUGCAGUGGCAUUAACAAAGUCCUUCCUUACAAUCUUUAACUUCAUAUUCUGGCUGUCUGGUAUUGCUGUCCUGGCGCUGGGGAUAUGGACAAAGCUGCAGCUUUACAUCUACAUGGAGCUCUCCUCCGUGUACUACAAGGAGGUCCCCUAUGUCCUUAUAGGAGUCGGAGCUUUGAUUGUUCUUGUAGGCUCUUUUGGCUGCUGCUGCACCUUUAAGGGAAAUUCAGUGCUGCUCUACAUGUACUCUGGAUUCCUGGUGCUGGUGUUUGUGGUAGAGCUGAGCUCAGGCAUAGCUGGCUUUGUCUACAAGAACAGGCUGACCGGGGGUUUCAAGGAGGGCCUACAGACAGCCAUGACUGAGUACGACAGUCAUGCUGAGAAGGCGCAGGCUAUGGAUGGAAUGCAACACAAUCUGCACUGCUGCGGCAGCGACAACUAUGUGGACUGGUUCAAGACUCCCUGGGCGGACAAACAGAAGGCACUCAACCGCACAAACGCUGUGCCAAAGUCCUGCUGUAGGGUCCCAGAGGCUGAGUGCAGGUACUUCAAUCUGACCCCGACACAAACCAACCAAACACUGGAUGUUUACACUAGCGGCUGUUUCACAGAGGUGAAUGACUUCAUGCAGAAGAACAUGGCCCUGAUCGGGGGCGUCGCCCUCGGAAUCUCCUUCUUCCAGCUGAUUGGAGCCCUGCUAGCCUGUUGUCUCGCCAAGAACAUCAACAAGGCCAAGUAUGAGAUAGUGCAGUAAAGGGGGACAAUCCAUGGACAUGAGCAAGGGAGACAAUUUGUGGAGCACAAAAAGGGAGACAAUGUUGGAAGAACAACAAUGGAAAUUGAUCAAUCAAAAUCUUUAAAAAAUUUAUACAUCCAAAUUUACUUGACAUUUGUUCAUGGUUUUGUGUUUCCAUUGUUAUGUUUUAUUGUUUACUGCUUUAAAGAAGGACUGUAUGACGUUGAAUGAAAAAAUGGAAAUGUAAAUACAUGUAUUUUUGUUUUAUGAUAUCCUUUUAUAAAAUAUCUAUUAUUAUACCUAUCAUAUCAUAUGAGAAUAUAUUUGUUGUAAUUGAUUUUAAUGUUUAGAAUUAAGAGAGAAAUUAAACGUUUUAGUAACACUUAGCCAAGCAGCAAACAAUUAAAGGCAUGAAUAUUCAGCGUCAUGACACAUCGAAGUGAUUGGUGGUGAUGCGCAGUAGUUAAUCUAUCAUUUCCGAACUUGCACCAAAUUGUGUAUUUAUCUUUCUUGACAAGUAAAUUUUUUUGACAUUGAUUUGUUUUACAUUUAAUGAAAAAGGAAAUUAGGUUAAAAAAAGAUGCAAACUAUCUGUUUAUAUAUGGCCCCUCUAAAAUAAGUUAAAUUUAUUGUCAAGGUAGAAAACAACACUUAUUAAAAACUUUCUUACAUAAAUAUUAUUUCCUUGUAAAAUAAUUUGUAUUAAAUUGAAUGCAUUUGUCAAACCAAUACGUAUGCAGGUAUAAGCCAACAAAAUUCUAUGUCAUGUCUUAAAAAGAAAUGAAUGAAUAUAAUGUUUAAGGAUUUUGUUUGAAAGUGCUAGAUGACAAAUUGUUCAGCUAGAACACAUUUAUUAACAUGUUCAGCCAUAUGAUUAAAAAUGCAUGAUUUUAUUGUCCCCUUCGGGUGAAACUGGAGGGGACUUAUGGUUUGCGCUCUGUGCGUCAGUCUGUGAGUCUGUCAGACCGUCACACUUUUCUGGAUCCUGCGAUAACUUUAAAAGUUCUUCAUAUUUUUUCAUGAAACUUGAAACAUGGACAGAUGGCAAUAUCGAGAUUAUGUACGUCAUUUCAUUGUAUUCCUAUGUCAAGAAUUUUGGUUGCUAUGGUAACAAAUAGACAAAAAUAUUGCUGAAAAUGGUGGAUCCUGCGAUAACUUAAAAAGUUCUUGAUAUUUGUUCCUGAAACUGGAAAGAUGGAUAGAUGGCAAUAUGGAGAUUAUGCACGUCAUUUCAUUUUGUUCUUACGUCAAGAUUUAUGGUUGCUAUGGCAACAAAUAGACUAGAAAUAUUUCUGAAAAUGGUGGAGUUUCACCUGUAGGGGACUUAUAUUGCUUGGCAAUAGUCUUGUUAUAAAUGUAUUUUGUUAACUCUGUUAUAACUGUUUGUUUUGAAUUUAUAAGACAGUUAAAGGAUUUAUAUUUUAACUUUUUUUCUUUGUUAUUUGUUAUUAUUAAUAUCGUUAUUUUGUUAACUUGUAUUUGCUAAUUUUUAAUUGUUUUUGUUCAAAUACAGUUUAAUAAUUAACAAUCUGUUUUCAUUGAAAUGGAAUUAAUCAUGGGUUAUAAUAUUAUACAUUUAACAUAAAACAUGGUUUUCACUAAUUGACAUCUUAAACCAAGACCUAUCUG